UGGGUGUCCCCAGCACGCGCACGCAGGAAGUUCCUUUCCUGUCGAGAACGCGAGAUGACGUAAGCUGCUUGCCGCGCAGUGAUGAUGGCGGUUCGUGAACGCGCAGUAAAAGUAAUGGCUGCUCUGGAUCGGCGGGUUCCUAGCCUCGAUGAUUUCGUGGGUCAAAGCUGGACUGCCUGGGCCGAUUGGGCGGGCAUGACGCCGGCGGAUGGGCCUGAUGUGGAUGACUGCAAUAAGAAUGGCAAAAAGGCUGCAGAGGCAAUGUCACUCAGUAAAGAGGGUAAACAUGUCCAUCUUGGCCUCUACCCUGGCCAUGACGACUUCUACCUGGUGGUUUGCAGCCAUUGCGGGCAGGUCGUGAAGCCACAGGCCUGAAAGCACUGCGAGCGGAGACACGCUGUGGCCAAGCUGUACGCCGCUACGCUCUCCACCCCGACCGCAACCCCAACAGAGAAGCAUCACGGCCCCUCUCCUCCUCAUGGACCAACGGCUUCGUGGGAGGGUCGAAACCAGGGAGUCGGGCAGCUCCGGGCGGCUCCACCUUCACCCGUCACACCACCACAGUACAGAUACUCGAAAACUUCCAAGGACGGAUGCGGAACGAAAGGCAGGAGAGCCAGACCGCCCACUGCUGGACAGGAAAAAGCCGCCUUGGCGUUUACCACAGUGCACGACAAGACCAUCAGAGAACAGAGCGAGGCCUACCAAGGAGACGACACAGUAGUACAAUUCACUCCAUCCACCAGAGGAGGAAGGUGGUGGGCCGCAGCAAGACUUGACCAGCUAGUGGCAGAACUCAAGACCAGGGUUCGAGAGAAAGGGAGCCCAGCCCUGGAGGGAGGCUCCUCGACGGGACAGUCCCUCAGCCCAGAGGCCCCCAGGGAGCAAGCUGGUACUCCACACUGCAGGAGACCUUUGGUCACCCUCCCUGCCUUCAGUUGGCCUACGGCUGUGGUAGAGAGUGCCCCAGAGGAGGAGAGCCAGCGGUCGGAUGAGGGUAAUCCCAGAGUCCCCUCGCCUCUGGUCCACGGACGAAUCUCGAGCGAUGAAAGCGAGGCCGAAGGAAACGACGAGCGAGCUGAGUUUCCAUCUUCGGCUGCGCAUCCCAGACCAGCGGCGGUGUGCUCGUUCGGAAGCCGUGUGUUGGGUCAGGGCAUCUACACGUUUGACAGGAGACUACACCACCUGAGGUCUGCCUUCAGCAGCAUGCUGGAACAGCACAUCAGCGCCCAUCUUUGGAAGAAAAUACCUCAAGCUGCAGACCUUCAGUCUCCUCCUCCUCCAGCCAAGACCAUCACAUCCGUGUCUCCCACCAUCAUGUCCUCCUCUUCAUCACAUUCUAAGGUUCGCACAGGAAGUCAUAUUAGCUCCUCCCUCAAAACGGCGUCAUCCUCAUCAUCUUCCAGUCGAGGGCCGGGGAGGCCCCCGACAUCCACGCAGUUGGAGAACUACGGGAGCAAUAGCAGCAGCAGCAUCGCCGGUAGUCACGGGCGACCCAAGAAUCCAGUCGGACGUCCCAGCAAGCAAAUGCUGAAGCUGCGAGAGCAAGUCGCUACAGCCGCUGUUCUCCGCAAGCGCAAAGUCCCAUCCCAGGAAGGAGAGCACUCGGGUCCCGACAGGAACUGCAUCGUCCUCCAGGACAGGGGCCGCCCGCCUUCCAACACGUCGUCUUUAUCUUCCAAAGCGCACGCACAGACCAAUGGCACGCUCUCCCCCAGCAGCAAACCCCACCCCCAGCCUUCCCCCACAGACGCCCAGUCGCCGAGCACAAAGGCUAUUUGGACUUACAGACGGACACACCCUCCUCUGGGGGACCCUUCUCCCACCGCCAAUUCCCACAGCCGUGCUUGCGUGGGAGACUCAGGGCUGCACGGGCAGGGCAGCGGGAGGGUCUUUGAGCACCAGAUGGGAACGGUGAAGAAACGCAAAGCUGGUCGUACGGAGGAUAACGCUCCCUCCUCUAAGCCUUCAGCCCACUGCCUGACUUCCUCCUCUUCUUCCAGCUCUGCCACUUCGUCUCCACGCUCAAACUUCUACCCCUGGAAAGACAAUAAAAGCGGGACGCUUUCUGGGGGUGUGGAGAAGAAACUGGGCACACAGAAGGUAGGUUUGGACGAGGGGAAAUGGGUGUACUGAGCAGUUCCAGUCCACACUUGGCCCCUGCAAAGGCGACUAGGAGUAACCCUUGAAGCUCUUUUGAGAACGGAGUGGUUUCUGUUGUGUUUCUGCUUGUAUGGCUGCGUUAGUGAGGGCGGCCUCUGCCUGUGCAGCUACCUCGCAGCUCGUCACCUGUGUUCACUGGUGUAGCUGAUGAGACUGCCUCUGCACAGCUGAAAGGAUGCUGCCAGUCAGACAGUUUGUACCGUGCAACCAGCUCAGUGCCUCACAGUGCAUGUAGAGGAAUCAUGUUUCUGCAUAGACGCAGCAGUGUACUGCUGACGUGUUGAAGGUGCAGCUGCUGCCCUCUGGGUAAUUACAAAGUGCCAUAGAUAAGUCAGGUCAUACUCCUCAGAGUCUCUGUUGUCAGCGACGUAGUCUUGGACUAGACUAACACAGGUCUGCUGCAAGGUAUUAAAAAUGACUAUUACUCAACCGAGAGCUGUUUCCAUGACGAUCAGUGACGCCCAGCAGCGGUGGACAGAAAUUCCCGCCACGCUCCGAGGAGCGGUCUUAAACUGGCUCUGUGUGAAACAUGGAUCUUUGUUUAUUAUGAAGUGAAUGCAAAGAGCAGCUGUCUAAACAAAAGUAAUAA